CUAGAAAAUGCGAGGUUAAUCCUUGCUUAUAUUUCACGCUCUCGUCUUCCUGGCUCCAAAGUCAAAAGUAAGCAGAAACAUCUCACAGCCAUGCGGCGUUUCUCCCUACUUUUUUUCCUCUUCGUCUUGCCUCUUGCCGCCGACGGCGACCUCCAGGACGUUGUCUGCCUCGGCCAUGGCAACCGCACAGCGAUCAACAGCAACUACGAAGCCAACAUCCACCGCCUUGCAGCCAUGCUGCUUACAGCCAAGACCUCUUCCUUGCCCGGCGUCCCCACCGAGCAUGAGGUCGGGAAAUUCCCUGAUGGUCUGUACGCCGUCUCACACUGCCGCAACGGGACCGGCUCCUCAUCCUGUCGAGCCUGCAUCACCUUGGCCCUCCAAGAUGCGCGGCGAGCGUGCCCGUACCACAAGGAGGUUCUGUUCUUCAACGGCAACUGCUCUCUUCAACUCCAAGAUGUCCUCUUCUACCCAAACACCGUUACCUACAUGAGUGAGUUUCCUGCCCAAGAAGAUGGAAACAUUGUGAUGAGGAAUUUUUCCUUGGCUAUGGUAUUUCAAGCAAUUGGAUUCUUUUGGCUUUUCUUCUUGCUUCUGCAGGACUGGCGUAAUAGAAAAAGUGGCUCCCUGAUGCGUUCUAGCUCUCUUCCAUCUGGAGACAAGUUAUAAAUUACCAUCGCCACAAUUUUCAGAAUCAGCUCUCCUACUCUCAAUGGAUGCAUUCCUCAUGAAUGAGAGAUCCACUUAUAUCUUCAUAAACAAUUUUCAAUAUCCAAUUCACGGAUUAUGUUUCUAGAUUCUGGUUGGGCUUAUGCCAUCCCGGUAUGUUUACAGCUUCAAGUUUCUACGCAUUGGCAUUAAAUAAACUGUGAGUCGUUGAGCUCGAAGAGAUUGUUUGAAUGCAUGGGUUUACGUAAAUCAUAUGGAAAUAUCUGAAAUUCAAUUGCAUUAUAUGAAUAACAUCGUGCUCCAUCUGGUUCAAGCCUUACGUCGAACAAUUAGUGUGCGAGCAUAAAUCGGACCAUAUCUGAUGAUCCAAUCAUGAAAUAUUUCAGAACUGAACACAAAUCCCCGGACGCUACGAAGCAAUAACGAGUGAACGAUGAAACAAAAUGUAACUAAAAACGAUAAUAAAUUCCAAAAUUUUCUUCGAACCAUUGCGUACUUGAGACAUGAGAGCAUUGAGGACAAGCGAAUGGCUGGCGGCCGCGCGAUCCGAUCGCCGCCGCGAGCUCCACUGCCCGGCGACUGCGAGCAUCAAUGCUCGGCGGCUGCGAUCUUCAGUAUCCGGCGGAUCGCGGCCCGAUCGCCAAUUCGCGACGGUGCUCGGCCGACGACGUCUCCGACGCUCCACUGGGUGGAAACGGAAAUUGAAUAUGGCUGGCAGUGGUAUGGAUAAAUAUGAAGUAGUUAAUAUGUUGGAGUUCAGCUGCCACGUGGGGGCUGUGGAAAUCAAGAAACUAUUUUUGUUUUCAGAAUUGCAGUUGGUCCGGAGGAAGAUCAAUCUUAUGCUGAGAAACUUUUUUUAGCACAGGGAGACCCCUUUUCCAUUAUGAAAUAAUGGAAUCCAGAGUUAUACUGAGAGCAGUUGUAUUGCCUCGAUGAAAGGAUAGGAGUUACUAAAUUUGUCUUUAUCGAAAAAAAGAGUUAUACUGAGAAAACGACCAAGUUUUGUGCCACGCCCUCAUUAGAUGUGUUCAAUCAAGUGAUGACCACCCUGGAAGUGAAGACAUCGAGCUUGGAAAGGCUGAAGGAAGAUGUAAAUGGCUGGAACCGGUGUGAGGAUAAAGAAUUCUGGAAGAAGAUUUACCAGAGCACAAGCUUCAGAGGAGCAGGCAAACCUCAAGACCGGCGUAUCGUCAAGUUCUGUAGGCUGAUGGGACACUCUGAAGCUCCUGGCAAGUCAUUCUGACUGAAGGGGCGUGACAU